AUGAGUUGCAUUUCUGUUCAGAAGCAUGUCAAUUAUGGAGAGGUGAUUUUAAUUGUGGGAGAUUGUCACAAGAUAUAAUGGAAUGUGUAGAAUGGAAUUUAAAUGCAAUGGAAUUAAGAUGAUAUUUGGACUGUCACACUGGACUCCUGUUGUCUACCUAUGAACUAUCGUUAUGUAGUCGUUAAGUAAGUCAGCAGACAGAUAAUAGAAUGGGAAGAUGGAGUCACCAGAGUGUUCAAUUCUCAUCAAGACGUCCAGGACAUUUGGGGUCAUCUUCGCAUUACUCUCAAACUCAUGAAUUAUCCUGAUUCCAACUUAACUCUUAAUUUCUACACCUAAACUGGAAGAGACAUAAGAUCCCACUCAAUAGAAUUGAGGGAGAAUGCACAUCUACUUUUCAGGUCCCGAAUAAAUCUAUUCAUUAAUUGGCUUAUAAAUACCAAUCCAACGAAAAGUGGGAAAGAAGUGGUGUGCGUAUGA